UAUUAUACCUCAAAACUCAUCGAACAAUCGACUCAAUGGAAAUUAUUCCUUAACAAUAAUAUGUAUGUGAUUUUACAUUCAGUAGUUAAUCAUCAAGAUCAAAUUGAUUACUCACAAUAAUGACACUUAAUUGAGCAAUCGCAUCAAAAACAUUACAUUAUAAAAAUUUACCGAAAAUUAUACAUCAUCAGGUUUCUUUCAAAAACCCAUAAAAGUUAGCUUACAAAGAAAGGCUAUAUAUGUUCUAGCACAUCAAAUCUCCUAAACUUAAAUUAGAAUAAAAAAAAAAAAAGUAAAAAUCACACAAAAGUGCCUCACUUCUUUUUAAGCGGGACUUGAGCAAGCAUUCCUUAGUUUGUGUAAUGGGGAGAGAACCCCACGAGGGCCUACCUGUCUAAGAAGAACUUUUUGGAGGGGGGGUUUUUCAAAAAAAAAUUAACAAAGGAGGGGUCUUGACAAUGUGAAAGGAUUUUAAAAAAAGAUAAAAGUUUAAAAAUUAACAAAGGAGGCUCCAUGUUAUCCUUGUUGUCCCUUCCACUCAAAGACAUGUACAUGUUCUAAGUUAUACUUUUGUAUUAUUAUUACUUUCCAGCAAUUUAUCCCCCUCUAAACCACAUGAUCAAGAUGAUUAUUAUUAUUAUUAUUAUUAUUAUUAUUAUUAUUAUUACUACUAUUAUUAUUUAAGGAUUAUCACUAACCUUUCCGUCCUUUAUUAGCAUGUGCGCUUCACUGAUUCCUCAACUAUUUAUUCAUUUUCACUCGAUCCUUUGUGUUAAUUUACUUACUUGCAAGUACUUAGUCUAUGUUAAAUGCCAGUAUUAAUUCUUUUUGGUUCAUAUAUUCCACAAAUACUGUUAUUUACUACGUACUCUCUUUAGAAGUCAAAAGAAAUGUAAUUAAGGAGAUUCAGUUCCUUCGUACUUAAUUCUUUUGCCCUAACUAUAUAUUAAAAAUUUUGAGAGAACAGUUCACCAGGAAAAAAAAAAAAAAAAAAUUACUAUACAAGAUAGCAGAAAGGAAUAUCAACAGAGUUGAUUUUAUAAUAAAUCAGGAACAUCACUAAAGAGCACAAUUUAUAAUGAACAAGAAAAGGCCAGGGGAGAGAAAGAGAGAGAGAGAGGGAUUUCACUUCCAAUGGCCCAAAAAAAAAAAAAAAUCCAUGAAAACACCAUGUAUUAGCAUUUAGCAAGUUACUCAACCAAGUAUUAGGUGCUUAACCAAAUUGCUUUUGUUAAUUUAUAUGCAACAGGUAAAGAAGAUUCACAUAUAAUAACAGCAAGUAGCAACCAUAACAAUUAACAACCUUGGUAAUAAAUAAAUAUUAAGUUAAGAGAAAUGAUAAAACCCCACCUUCCUCUCAGUUUCUCUUGCAGGUUUAAAUUAUCCAAAUCCCACCAAAAUUUCCCCUCCCCACCACUUCACCUUUCCACCACUCCAUACAAAACUCCAAAACCCAAUUUCACUAAACAAAAAACCUAUUAUUAAAACCAAUACCCAUAACCCAUCUAAAUCCAUCCCAUAAUCAGAAACACCACCAACUAUAUCAAAAUUUAAAACAAUUAAUAUGGAUCCAGAUCUCUACCUUUUCUCCUAUAAACAAAACAUGGGGUUUCCCCCCUCUUCUUCAGUCCCAACACAAACACACACACACACAUACUAACACACACACCAUCUCCAAUGCCUACGUUACUACUCAACACUCUCUUCCUCAACUCCAAUUCUAUCAGCUCUCUAAUUCUCUUGUUAAUCACAAUUAGCUCCACCUCUUUCUUCUUGUGUACAGCCAUUGAUGAGCAAGGCCAAGCUCUCCUCUCAUGGAAGCAAACACUCAACGCCUCCUCCGCGGCCACCGUGCUCAGCUCGUGGCGGCCGUCAGACCCGAGCCCGUGCCGGUGGUUCGGCGUGUCGUGCGACGCAAAUGACGCGGUCGUCGGGGUGAGCAUAAACUCGACGGACUUGCAGGGCCCGCUGCCGACGACAUUUGCCGCGCUCCCGUCGCUGCAGACGCUCGUGCUCUCCGACGCUAACAUCUCCGGCCCGAUCCCGAAAGAGUUCGCCACGUACCGCCAGCUCCGUUUCCUCGACCUCAGCAAGAACCAGAUCUCAGGUCCGAUCCCAGCGGAGCUCUGCCGGCUCCACAGGCUCGAGACGCUCAUCCUCAACUCGAAUUCUCUGCAGGGGCCGAUCCCUGACGACAUCGGGAGCCUCGCGAACUUGACGUAUCUCACUCUCUACGAUAACGACUUGGCGGGGGAGAUUCCGGCGAGCGUCGGGCUGCUGCAGAGGCUGCAAGUGUUCCGGGCCGGCGGGAACCAGAACCUGAAGGGCCCGCUGCCGCCGGAGAUCGGGAAUUGUAGUGAUUUGCUCAUGCUUGGCCUCGCGGAGACUGGAAUCUCCGGAAGCCUCCCGCCGACGAUCGGAUUAUUGAAAAAAAUCCAAACCAUCGCGAUCUACACCGCGCUACUCUCCGGUCCGAUCCCGGAGGAGAUCGGAAAUUGCACCGAGCUGACAAGCUUGUAUUUGUACCAGAAUUCGCUCUCCGGUCCGAUUCCGGCACAGCUGGGGGAGCUGAAGAAGCUGCAGACUCUUCUGCUGUGGCAGAACAGCCUUGUGGGGCCCAUCCCGCCGGAGAUCGGGCGGUGCCGGGAGCUCGUGCUCCUCGACCUCUCCUUAAAUUUGCUCUCCGGAAGCAUACCGUCGAGCAUCGGCGACCUUGCGAACCUGCAGCAGCUGCAGCUGAGCACGAACCAGCUCACCGGGCCGAUCCCGCCGGAGAUCUCGAAUUGUACGUCGCUCACCGAUCUCGAGGUCGACAACAACGGGCUCUCCGGCGAGAUACGGAUCAACUUCCGGAAGCUGCGGAACCUCACUCUGUUCUACGCGUGGCAGAACCGGCUGACGGGGAGCAUUCCGGCGGAUUUAGCCCAAUGCCAGAACCUCCAGUCCGUUGACCUCUCGUACAACAACCUCACCGGCGCGAUCCCGAGGGAGGUUUUCGGCCUCCAGAAUCUCACCAAGUUGCUGCUCCUAUCCAACGAGCUCUCCGGAUUCGUCCCGCCGGAUAUCGGGAACUGCACGAAUCUUUUCCGGCUCCGGCUGAGUGGGAAUCGGCUCUCUGGGCCGAUCCCCGCGGAGAUGGGAAAUUUGAAGAACCUCAACUUCCUCGACAUGAGCGGCAAUCGGCUCGUUGGUGUGAUCCCGCCGGCGAUAUCGGGGUGCUACAGCCUCGAGUUCCUCGACCUCCACUCCAACGGCCUGACCGGGUCGCUUCCGGAAUCGCUCCCGAAGAGCCUCCAAUUCGUCGAUGUCUCCGAUAACAGGCUGUCGGGAUCCCUCGUCCCGGGGAUCGGGUCGCUGCCGGAGCUGACGAAGCUGAACGUCGGGAGGAACCGGAUCUCGGGGCCGAUACCGCCGGAGCUCGGAUCCUGCAACAAACUGCAGCUCUUGGAUCUCGGGGACAACGAAUUCUCCGGCGAGAUACCGGCACAGCUGGGGCAGCUGCCAGCGCUGGAGAUCUCCCUGAACCUGAGCUGCAACCAGCUGUCGGGGGCAAUCCCCGCGGAAUUCUCCGCCCUGGGGAAGCUCAGCUGCCUCGACGUCUCCCACAACGCGUUGGAUGGCGGCCUCUACGCCCUGGCCGCGCUGCAGAACCUCGUCUCCCUGAACAUCUCCUUCAACGCCUUCUCCGGCGAGCUCCCCAACACCCCCUUCUUCCGCAGGCUGCCCCUCGCCGACCUCACCGGCAACCGCGGCCUCAUCGUCUCCGGCGGAAAUGGCCCCGGCUCCGAUGACGACCGGUCCGGCCGGGCAGCCGUAUCGGUGCUCAAGCUGGCAAUGUCGGUCCUGGUCAGCGUCAGCGCUCUGCUUCUGAUAGCGGCUUUAUACGUGCUACUCCGCACGAACAGGCGCCCGCGCGGCGGCGGGGGCGGCGGGGGCAGGGAGGGGGUGUGGGAGGUGACGCUGUACCAGAAGCUGGACGUGUCGAUGGAGGACAUUGUGCGGGGGCUGACGUCGGCGAACGUGAUCGGGACGGGGAGCUCCGGGGUGGUGUACCGGGUGGCGAUUCCGGCGGGGCCGACGCUGGCGGUGAAGAAGAUGUGGUCGGGGACGGAGAGGGAGGAGGAAUCCUUUUCCGGGUCCGGGGCGUUCCGGAACGAGAUCGCGGCGCUGGGAUCGAUACGGCACAGGAACAUCGUGCGGCUGCUGGGGUGGGGGGCGAACCGCGCGACGAAGCUGCUGUUCUACAACUACCUGCCGAACGGGAGCCUGAGCGGGUACCUGCACCGGGGGGGAGGGGGAGGGAAGCAGCAGCAGCAGCAGCAGCAGGGUGGGGAAGGGGAGUGGGAGAGGCGGUACGAGAUGGCGGUUGGGGUGGCGCACGCGGUGGCGUACUUGCACCACGACUGCGUGCCCGCCAUCCUGCAUGGGGACGUCAAGCCCCUGAACGUCCUGCUGGGCCCCGACUUCGAGCCCUACCUCGCCGACUUCGGCCUCGCCAGGCUGCUCGGCGCCACCAAUUCCAAUUCCAAUUCCAAUUCCGAUUCCAAUCUCGGCCUGCAGCCUCCCAAUUUCGCGCCGCCCUUUGCUGGGUCCUACGGCUACAUCGCCCCAGAGUAUGCAUCAAUGCAAAGGAUCACAGCGAAGAGCGACGUGUACAGCUACGGAGUAGUCCUGCUCGAAAUCCUAACCGGGCGGCACCCGCUCGACCCGACCCUCCCCGGAGGGACCCAUCUGGUCCAGUGGGUCCGCGAUCACUUGCAACGUAAGCUCGACCCGAUCGACCUCUUAGACCCCCGGCUCCGAGGCCGGCCGGACUCUCAGAUACAGGAAAUGCUGCAGGCCCUCGCCAUUUCGGUGCUAUGCAUUUGCCCGCGGGCCGACGACCGGCCCACUAUGAAGGACAUCGCCGCCCUGCUCAGGGAAAUCCGACGGCCCGCGGUCGAUGAGCCGCAAAAAGAGCCGACCGGAGCCCCCGCCCCGGCCGCCGCCUUUCCGGCCCCAAGCACACCUUUGAAGGGGUCUUCAAAUUGUUCUUUUGCUAUGUCAGAUUACUCCAGCUGAAGCAAAUAGAGAAAGAGAGGUAAAACAAAAUUAAUAAUAAUGAUAACAGUAACUUAAUAGGGGCAAGAGUUUUGGGAAUGUACGUACUUAGUUAAGGUUGUAGUUGCCCUUGUAAAUUGCAAGCCUAAGCUAUUGAAAGUACAUAAAUGUGAUGUACUUAAUGUUAGUAAUUUAGUAAAAUCUCCCCUUCUUUCUUUUUCUU